AUGGUGGAGGGCCAUGAAGAUGAUAGGCUCAGCAAGUUGCCUGAUGACCUUUUGCUCAACAUUGUCGAGCGACUUGAUAUUGCUGACGCCGCACGAACCACCAUCCUCUCCAGACGUUGGAAGGACGUCCUUGCUAGACUCUCAAAAGUCGUAAUAAGGGCAGGUUCUUUUGAGUCCAAGCAUACAACGAGCAAGAAAGAUGAUAUAGUUCGGUCCAACACCACCAUUCUGGAUGCAACCCGGAGCAUACUGGAAAGGAGGGCUGGAAGUCUAUACACCAUUCAGCUGUUGUGCAUGCAAUUCUACUUGGGAGAUGAGUCCAUUUUCAUUGGCCAGACUGUUGCCAACAGCAUAGCAACACAAAAGGUUGCUUCAGUUGACUUUACAAUCUUGACGAAGGUGCGUAGAAAUUGUACCAAGGAUGAGCUGCUCACAAAUGGGAGGCAGUUCAUGUCAUUCUUUGAUUCAUGUCCAAACACAUUUGGUUGUCUUGCACGCCUCACGCUAGAGAAUUUGAGGUUAGGAGAAUCGGCGUUCCCCAAAUUUUUUAGUAUAUGCAAGCAACCGGAGUUCCUCUUCCUCCACAAUUGUGACAUGGGUAUUCAGUCUUUGCUGGAAGUGGAACACCCGCAGCUCAGUGAACUAGUGAUUGCCAGCGGCUGCUUUAAGAGGGUUCAUCUGAAGUGGGCACCAAAGCUCACUAUACUGAAAUUUAGUAUUUUUAGAUCAAAAGAUGAUCCCUUCUGUCUUGGCUAUGUCCCACUGCUCCAGACUGUGAGCAUCAUUAAUACUGCUCUCUCUUGGCACAAGAUGCUCAAGUUAAGUGAGUUGCUUGGUAAGACUGCCAUAAGCAACCUGCAUUUGAACUUCAGAAGCGAAAAGAUUUGGGUCAAACCGGAAGGUCGAAGGCAAUUGUUACCUGUGUUCCACAAACUUAGGAUUGUGAAUUUGCUUAACAUUCCUGAAGAAUGCGAUCUGACUUGGACAAUGUUCCUACUCCAAGGUGCACCCAACCUUAAGGAACUACGCAUCGUGGUGCGGGAUCAUUUAUGUUUAAUGGUAACAGGGGAGGAGAGGAAGAAUGGUGCAUUUAGUGAGGAGAAGGACAAGGGACUGGAGUUGGAACCAUCUGCAUCUGAUUUCAAGCACCACAACCUCGCUGGGCUCAGUAUCUAUGGGAGGUUUCAAGCAGAAGACAAACUCGUGAGCUAUGCCAGGAGCAUCAUGCAAGCAGCAGUGAAUCUGGAGGACAUAAAGCUAUACAAGAGUCCAGUGUGUCAAAGGUGCAAGCACAUGCGCCAGGAGUGGACAUUGGAGGAGAAGUCAUCGCUUAGCUACAAAAUAAAAGAGGGGAUGCCCUCGCUUGUCCGGAUUCACUUCCCGAGUUUAGGGGAAGUCUAUUUUUAG